AUGGCUACCAACGGCGACUUCUCGGACGAAGACUCACUGCCGGGAUCGCCCCUCAUGGGCAACGGCCACGAGCACGAGGACGACAUUGAUGAACAGGAACCACUCGACCAAGAGGAAGAUGCCCAGGAAAAGCCCUUGAAGUCUGCCUUGAAGAAAGAUUCGGUGCCGCCUAUUCCUCAACGAACUCGCCCUCAGCUCCCUGAACAGCCCGACCCAAACACGGUAGACUUUUCGACCUUUUCCCCGCUGUCGCCUGAAAUCAUCGCACGCCAGGCCACUAUCAACAUUGGAACAAUCGGCCAUGUCGCCCACGGGAAGUCCACGGUGGUGAAGGCUAUCUCCGAGGUUCAUACUAUUCGUUUCAAGAAUGAACAGGAACGAAAUAUUACAAUCAAACUUGGUUACGCCAACGCUAAAAUUUACAAGUGUGACAACCCAGAGUGUCCCAGACCGACUUGUUACAAGAGCUUCAAGAGCGAGAAGGAGGUUGAUCCUCCCUGUGAACGAGAGGGAUGUUCUGGCACAUACCGUCUAUUAAGACACGUUUCGUUCGUGGAUUGCCCAGGGCACGAUAUUUUGAUGAGCACUAUGUUAUCUGGCGCCGCUGUCAUGGACGCAGCUCUCUUACUCAUCGCAGGAAACGAAACAUGCCCUCAACCCCAAACGUCAGAGCACUUGGCUGCUAUUGAGAUCAUGAAGCUCAACCAUAUCAUUAUUCUACAGAACAAAGUUGAUCUGAUGCGUGAGGAUGCUGCUCUAUCGCACUAUCAAUCCAUUUUGAAGUUCAUCCGCGGUACAGUUGCGGACGGAUCUCCUAUUAUUCCAAUUUCGGCUCAGUUGAAGUACAAUAUUGAUGCUGUCAACGAGCACCUUGUCUCCCACAUUCCUGUUCCAGUCCGUGAUUUCACUGCCGUACCUCACAUGAUUAUUAUUCGGUCAUUCGACGUCAAUAAACCCGGUGCUGGAAUCGAGGAACUUAAAGGUGGUGUUGCCGGUGGUUCAAUCCUCACUGGUGUUCUGAAAGUGGACGAUGAGAUUGAAAUUAGACCCGGCAUUGUUACUAGGGAUGAGAAUGGCAAGGUGCAAUGUCGCCCCAUCUUCUCCAAGGUUGUCUCUCUGUAUGCCGAGCACAACGAUCUCAAAUUUGCUGUGCCUGGUGGCUUGAUUGGUGUCGGAACUCGAGUUGACCCUACGCUCUGCCGUGCCGAUCGUCUUCUUGGAUUCGUUCUGGGUCUGCGUGGUCGUCUUCCAGCCAUCUACACUGAGCUGGAAGUUAACUAUUUCUUGCUUCGCCGUUUGCUCGGUGUCAAGUCCGCCGACGGCAAGCAAGCCAAGGUUGCCAAGCUCUCCAAGAACGAAGUUCUCAUGGUCAACAUUGGCUCGACUGCUACAGGUGCCAAGGUCAUGGGUGUCAAGGCUGAUGUCGCCAAGCUUGUCCUAACAAACCCGGCUUGUACGGAAAUCGGCGAGAAGGUUGCCAUCAGUCGCCGUAUCGAGAAACAUUGGCGACUAAUCGGAUGGGCCAACAUUGUUGCCGGAAACACUUUGGAGCCAAUUGUCGACUAG